CGUGCGUGCGGCAAGAACCAGCUGGAAAAGCCUCGGAUCGGACCUGGUUAAAUGGUUAAUUGGUUACUGUUUAGUGUGCCAGCAAUCGAACGGUUAGUGCCUGAAUGGGCAAACGGAUAGUCGGCAGGAUCUGUGGAAUGCUGGGAAUGUGUCAAUAUGUCAGUGCCGCGUUUAUCGUUGUGUGAGUGAGGGUGAAGGUGUGGAGACGGUGUCCUUGGGACUAACAGGUUCCCCGUCUUCCCGAAGUGUUAAAGUGCGGCCAAAAAGUCUUACGAAAAUAAAAUACAAAAAAUACGAUAAAAAGUCACAAAUCUGCUGCCGCUUCUGAUUUAAGUUGAAAGUUUGCCGGAAAGGAUUAAAAAACAGCCGCCCUGGACUUGUUAUAGUCAAAGGACAAACGAGACGCCUAGGGCCAGAAGUGGAAAAUGACGUUGGAAGGAGACGAUGCAGAUAGGACAAGUUAAAACCAUAAACCCAAAGCCACCAAAUGCAAAGUGCAGAACAAACUGUGACCUGUGAAUGAGUGCUGAGCGAAGAGCUAAGAGUAGUUGGAGGAGGAAGUGCAACCUGAGCCCAAGUCUAAUUAAAAAGUAUUACGCCAAGGCUGCAGAUUGCUCAUACGCCGUGUUGAACGCGAGAACAUCCACAUAUAUUUUUGUGGCAGCUUUUUUGGUUAAAAUAUAAAGCUUACAACACGUGAAAAGCUAUUCGAGAGGUGUUGCAGUUCUUGUUCGAUUUGCUGGCGGGCCAUCAAAGAAUUAGUUUGGCAUGCGGCUGCUGUUGCCACAACUGUUGCAUGCAACAUGGAUGGCGAAAAUCGGAUUAUACUCAAUGUGGGCGGAAUAAGAUAUGAAACCUAUAAGGCCACGCUCAAGAAAAUCCCUGCAACACGUCUCUCCCGACUGACCGAAGCCCUGGCCAACUAUGAUCCAGUACUCAAUGAAUACUUUUUCGAUCGCCACCCCGGGGUCUUCACCCAAAUCCUCAACUAUUACAGAACUGGUAAACUGCACUAUCCAACUGACGUGUGUGGUCCGCUUUUCGAGGAGGAGCUGGAAUUCUGGGGACUCGACUCUAACCAGGUAGAACCUUGCUGUUGGUCAACCUAUAGCAUACAUCGCGAUACGCAAAACACCUUAGCCAUAUUAGAUAAGCUAGAUAUUGAAAAUGAAAAGCCCACAGAGGAGCAGAUAGCCCGUCUAUUUGGCUUCGAGGAGGCACUGAGCAACGGCGAGCUUAACUGCUGGCAGCGUCUAAAACCCAAGAUCUGGGCCAUGUUCGAUGAGCCCUCCAGCUCCACGGGGGCCAAGAUUGUUGCUGGCAUGUCGGUUUUCUUUAUAUUUGUUUCUGUGAUAUCAUUCUGCCUGAAGACCCAUCCUGGCUUUCGUGUGGAUCUGCCCGCCAGUCCCGGCGAUGCCAAUGGUCCGGGUGCGGGAGGACCUCCACAUGGACACGAUCCCAUGGGCGAACCACCUCAGACCCAUCAGUACCAUCAGCACAGUAUCACGCCGCCCAGCGGCAGCAUCGGACCCACCUUUCGUGUCACGAAUUACACGAGCUACGGCAGUGGCAACUUUACCGCUCCCGGCCAGUCCACGCCCAUUGCCACCAUUAAGGGCGGUCAACGGCAGCGACUGAAACGAACUAUCAAUGGAAGUAGCCUGAAUGAGUUCAUCGAGCAGAAGAUAUUGGGUCACAAUGGGAGAAGAAAGCACGGAUGGAUCGAGACUUAUGGUCAGCCCCAUGAAGCAUUCUUCUACGUGGAACUGGUGUGCAACGUUUGGUUCUUCAUCGAGGUCAUCAUCAGGCUGAUUGUCUCGCCCAAUCUAUGGCAGUUUAUUAAGUCUCCAGUGAAUAUCAUUGAUUUUACGGCCACCCUGAGCUUUUACACGGACGUAAUGCAGCGGAUGGGCGAGUAUACGGGUCUUCUGGAGGCCUUCUCCAUCGUAAGGAUAAUGCGGCUGUUCAAGCUGACCCGCCAUUCACCGGGUCUGAGAAUCCUCAUCCACACAUUCAAGGCUUCGGCCAAGGAGCUUACCUUGCUGGUAUUCUUCUUGGUUCUGGGCAUUGUGUUCUUUGCCAGCUUGGCCUACUAUGCAGAGAAGUUGCAGGAUAAUCCCGACAACCAGUUCAAGAGCAUCCCUCUGGGAUUGUGGUGGGCUAUCGUGACCAUGACCACCGUGGGCUAUGGGGAUGUGGCGCCCAAGACCUAUCCGGGCAUGUUCGUGGGCGCUCUGUGUGCUCUGGCCGGUGUGCUGACCAUCGCCCUGCCCGUUCCAGUCAUCGUCAGUAACUUCUCCAUGUUCUACUCCCACACUCAGGCUCGCUCCAAACUGCCCAAGAAGAGAAGACGUGUCCUGCCCGUGGAGCAACCACGUCGCAAAAGGGAGCCAACUGCUCCGCACCGCGGAAGGACGAAUGCCAUUAAACAGACACCACCCACAGGGUCGGGAUUGGUGGCCGGGGGCGUUGGUCCGGUGGGAGUAGGAGGGCCAGGACUCGGUGGCCAUGCUGUGGGUCACCCCGCUGCAGGGGCGCCCAUGUUCAAGGAUGCAUUCGGUGGUGCCAAAAUCGGCACCGUGAACGUGAACGGCAUCAAUGUCAUUGGCCUACAUCCUGCGCAAAGGACGACGACGACGACGAAUGUGGCUGAUCCGACGCCGAUGUCGGCAAUGACCUACCAAGUGCCUAUGCUCCAGCCCCCGCCCGCCCACAGUCAUGGUCACGCCCAUGGUCAUGCCCACGUCCACGCCCACGCCCCUGGCCUUGGCCCCGCAUCAGCGGCAGCGGCAGCGGCGGCGGCGUCGUCGUCGAUGACGUCACCGGUAUCGCUAACAGGCUCAGCUGCCACAGCAGCCGUUGCCACAGCAACCGCAGCCGCCACCGCCGGUCCCUCAUUCAUCAGUUCGGACUACUUGAGCGUGCCGGCGGUGCAGAGCCUUCAGCCGCGGGCGGCGACGACUGGCCACGACUUCAUGCUGCCGCUCCAGCCGAAACUUCUUGGCCCCCUGGAACGCAAGGAUCAGCAUCCGUUGCAGUUGACCGCCCACAAUUUAGCCUCAGAUACGCACCAGCUGAUGUACUCGGGCCACGCCCACCCCCACAAGACGGGCAGUGGGGCGACUGUGCUGAAUGUCCCGCCCACGUUGAGUAUGUCGCAUACGCAGAUGCCACCCGGUAUGGCCAGCAUGGGUCAGCGAACCCCCAAUCUGAGUUUCCGGGCAGCUCACGGAGGUGCAUCCCAGGUGUCCACAAUUCAGCAGCCCAUUCCACAUGCCCAUGCCUGCCACGCCUCUACGAACUGUAACAUCAAGAUUUCGGUUGCCUCCGCGGGAGUCUCAAUGGGCUGUCAGGAUGAGUUUCGUGCUCCCAAGGUGACGCUGUUGGACGAUCUCAGCGACGAAAUCAACUCCUCGACGGACGAGUGUGGGGACUGCUGCCUCGUCGAAGACAGCGAUACCUACGAGGGAGCCACCAUCAACAAUGGUCAGAGUGGCCAGGAGAACGGAACGGAAGCCAUCGGAUUGGAUGAUGGUCUUCUGGAUAACGAUGAGGUCGAUGAGGACGGUGAGGGUAGUGGAGUGGGCGGCGAUAGUGGCGAUAGUUUGGGUGGAAUCUACAUAGGUCCUAGGCAUUGAUUGCCGGACAUUAACUGGGAUUUCCCGCACUAAAGAUAAGAUUUACCAACUUCUGACAGAACUGCCUAAAACUGCUCCAAAAACUGCAACUCGGUGAAAGUAAGGUAAAGCUUAAAAGAUGUAAGAAUUCUAAUGUAUGUGUAUUGUGAAUGAAUCUUUAGAUGUGCUACUCUAAACUUAAUGCUGAAAGGAUCUUUAAUCGGUUAAGAAGUCGCACAAGGUCCUGAAUCCUUUGAAGUUUUAAAGCCACGGUCAAUCAUACUCAAACUAUUGCCCAGUUCUAUUGUUUACUUAAAUUUCUGGUAUAUCCCAUGAUGAAUAUUUAAAGAAAGAUUUCUGUUUUAUUUUUCAGUUUGCGGCCAUUACAUUUAUAACCAUUUUUUCAGCUAACACUGCAAUAAUUCUGUUUUCCAAUCUUAAAUUUUACAAUCUUCUCAAAAUGUACAUAAAAUUAAACGUCUAGCUACUGAAAAUCUAUGACAAGUUAAGCUCGAUUGCUCAACGGUUUAAGAAAGUAUAAAAUAGUGUUUCUAAAAUUUAACUUCAUGUGUUCUUAAAUGGUAAGCAUUAUAUGUGACUUUAUAAAAAUUUCAAAAUCAUAAAUUACGGAACUUAACAAUUUCCUAAAACUAAACUGAUAAUUUAAAGUAAGUCCCUAUGUCACUGCCUUUCCUUUUGAAAACUUUCCAUUAAUUUUCAAAGCAGACAUUUCACAUUUCGCACCCAUUUAUCAGCUGUUUUAAUCAAUCUUUGCUCUCUACUUACGGCAUCCGACAAACAACAUUUCUUGUCUGGCCAAGACAAACAUCCGUAACAUUUGUAUCAGUGUCCUUAUAACUGUCAUGUUGACAACUGUCAUUGGCAGCGUGCAUGUAGGAUUGUAUGCCUGUGUGUGGGUGGAUGGCUGGCUGACUAUCCAUGCAGCCAAGCACGUCCAGGCAAACAAAGGAUGGACGGGGGUCAAAAGAGUAGCUACCCGCAUAUCCUCCCAUAUAAAUGUGACCAUUUCUGUGCAGCCAACUAGCGAUAAAGCACCAUCUCUCCCUGGUCCUGGGAAACUCUCACUCUAUCCAACAACAACAAGUCCAAGGUGUUUAUUGUGCAAAUCUUGGGAAGCAAAAAUUGCAUGGCCAACUAUAAAUUCCCACACUUGACUCGCACGCUCCGUUUUCCCCGGGAUCAGACCCUGAAUCAUGGCCAAAAGUGUCACAGGGCUUGUUUAUCUGACACAUUGACUGCCACCAUUUCAAUGAACUUGCUAGCAAAAACUGUGUCGACAAGACGCACACAAAAGACGGCGACAACGACGACAGCCAAAAACUAAAACGGCGACGACAUUUGUGUCCUUGGUGUCCCAUCGUGACCCAUUCAAUCCUCUACCCAUUCAAUCCCACCCACCACUGAUAGCGGUCCGUAUGGUGUGGUUGACCUUGUAAAUAAGUAUUUUGUGGAGUCUCAGUGCUAAGUUUUCAUUCUUCGACAUUUAUUCCCAUAAAUGUUAAUUGAUUUAUGUAUUCAUAGAAGAAAAGCUGGAAAAUGAGAAAAGCUAAACGCAUGGAACUGUAAAUAUUUGAGUAUGACUGUCAAGGACUAACCAAAAGAAAAUGAAACUGAACAUGAAAGAAAAGCUAAAAAAAAGUAGAAGACAUAUUUGACUUUAAAUAAGGUUCAAUGGUAAUUUUUGGUCCAAUAUUUAUAGUUUUUGAUGUGCUAAAAAAUGAUUAACAAACGAAGACGAACAAUUUUGAUUCAGACUUAAAAAAAAUUGAAGGCUUUUUAACGACCAAAACCAAAGCUCGUUGUAAGUGUAUAUGGAAAAUAGUUGGACAUAUAGAUUUAACUAGAUAUCAUGGGCCGAACUCUGUGGUGAGGGAAGUGGUUCCAAUUAGUCAGUGUAAUCAAAUCCGUUGGUCUGAAUGUGCGUCGUUCUAAAUUUACUCUUUAUUAACUUAGCCAAACUCUGAUUAAAAUGUUAAAUAAUUGCCUAAUUGUUGUGUAAGAGUAUUUCUGGUUUCGGCUUGCCGAUUAAGCAUUUUUUCUCGUUUCCAUAUAGAUUUAUUACUUUAAAAAUGUAUAAGGAAAUCGUUGCUUUAAAUACUGUUCAAUUUAGAAAGAAAACCAAACACGUUUUCCUAUAUUACCAAACCGAAAAUUCAAAAUUAGGAAAAUUCUGAAAAGAGUAAAUAAUAUGUAUUGUUAAUUCUUGAGCAAACUUUUUAACUAAAGGUUAAAUUAAAAUAAUUUUACAUAAUCUUAAAUGAAAGAGGAAAUGAAUCUUUUGAUAUAAGAGAUGCUGUAGCGGGACAGCGAACUCUCAUUGAAAUAAAUAUUGUUUCAAUAGGAAUAUAGUUAGUUUAAAAAACACAAGUGGGAUACUAAAAUAAUAUUUAACUUUUGCCUAGCAAAUAACUAAGUUUAGACCGGUCAAUGCAAAAAGUGGCAGAAAUAAACCAUUGCAUACAGAAUCGAUUCAAGAAAUAAAUCCUUUUGAAAGAAAUCACCCACCACAGACAGGAAACAAGAGCCCGGCUGAACGUAAAUUACAUGAAUUUUUGCAAGAAUAAAUCUGUAUGUAUAUAGUUAAUCUCAAACACUAACUAAAAUUCAUUAAAAAUAAAUGUCGACAGUGCAGUGUAAUAACAUUUCUACAAUACUUAUUGUAAGUAAAGUGUCUAGAACAGAAGAAGAAAAAACCCAAAACUGUUUACAAACAAAGCGAAUUUUUAAAUGUUGAAAAAUAAUAAGAUCCG